AUGGAAGGUGAGUUCAGGAAACAGACAAAGGUAGAUGAUAUCUUAUGCAUCUGGGAGGAAUUUGGAUGUUUAGUUGGAAAGUAUAAUAUUCCAAGUCUUGGUGAAGGAGCACCUCAUUUUCAGCCACCAAAGUUCUUGGUUGAUAGUUUGGUCAAAGCAAUUGAAGAAGGCCACAACCAAUAUACUUCAUCGUAUGGGCAUCCAGAAGCAAGGGAGCUGCUUGCUGAAUUGUAUUCUCCAAGUUUUGGAAAAGAGAUUAACCCCGAGCGUGAAAUUUUGAUUUCAAAUGGAGCUAAUGGUUGAAUGACUGCUGUUUUAGGAUCCUUAAUUCAUUCAAAAUCAGAUGAGAUUAUCUUAAUAGAACCAUUUUUCCCACAAUAUUUCUCUCAAUCACAGUUUGCUGGAGCUACAAUCAAGACUGUUCCCUUGAUUCCUAGUGAUGACAAUCAAUGGCAUCUUGAUCUUGAUGCUCUUAAGGAAACCCUGAACGAGAACACCAAAUGUAUCAUCAUGAAUACACCUCAUAAUCCAACUGGGAAAGUAUUCACAAAGGAAGAGUUACAAGAGAUUUCAGAUAUCCUCGAGGAGUAUCCACAUGUUUAUGUGAUCAAUGACGAUGUAUAUUAUUUUCUCACAUUCGAAGGCCACGAGCACCAUAUCUUCGCCACCUUGGGGGAUAACUGGAAGAAAACAAUCACAAUCUUCAGUGGUGGAAAGAUACUGUGUUGCACAGGAUGGAAAGUAGGAUGGGCCAUCGCCCCAGCAGAUAUUCUCAGGCAAGCUGUUGUCUUCAAUGAUUGUACAGUAUAUUGAAACAAUGUUCCUGGCCAACUUGCAGUUGCAAGAAGCUUGAAAGUAGCAAAACAAGAAGAAUAUAAGGAUGGUUUAACAUUCAUUGAAUAUGAAGGUGAAGAUUUUAAAAGAUCUUAUGAUAUUAUCUUCAAAGGACUUGAGGAAAGUUCAUUACCAAUCAAACCAAUUAAAGCAAGCGGUGGAUAUUUUAUUUGAGCAGAUGUUUCAGAGCUCAGAGAUAUAGUACCUGAAAAGUACUUCAAACAGCAAGAAUAUGAGGAUGAUCCUGACACCACAAUUGAAAAGAACGACUUCGGAUUGCCUGUCCCCUUAGACCUUGCUGUCUGCAGAUGGCUAGCAAUGGAGAAAAAAGUGGUCACAAUGCCAGGCACUUUCUUCUACAUGAAGGGCAGCAAACACAUGACCGAUAAGUACAUCAGACUGGCAUUUUGCAGAGGGGAGGAGAUCACAAAGGCAGCAAUGGAAAAUUUAAAAUAAUUGGAGAGAUAUCACUUAAACUUCUA